AUGUCAGAACCUCGAGAACAUACCAAUCUCGAUUUUUUUAACCUGAACUUAGGCUCAUGGAAUAAUGGUCCUGGUAUGGAACUACUCAAUAAUGAUAUUUGGCCUCCCAAUUCGGACUCUUACCUUGCUCUUACCAAACUGGGCAACAUGGCUCUUCCUGCCCCAAAACAACCCGAAAAACUAACUGUCGACUCUAAACCGGACCCUGCAAUUACUUGGUCUAAUAAUCCUUUGAGGCUCUCUAACAAAAUGUCCAUUUGGUCGAGUGAUAUGCAAGUAUCAGAGGCAAAGUCAUCAGGUAAUCACAACCAACAUUGGGGAAGUUCAACUAAACAGAGUGUUUCACUUAUCUCUGAUGAUGUCUGGGACUCAUCUCACGAUCCUGUGUUUCAAGUGCCAAGGGUUACUAGUGAUACGGAUCCUUGGAAGCAUAGUCCAACACAUUGUAUUGGUUCCCUCACAGAUGCGCCCAUUACUAUUGCGGAUCCGGGUGUCUUGGCUGGUACAUCCAGGUCUUCCGACAUACCUCAUGAUAGUCCCGCUAAUAGCCUUCCUUAUGUUACUGCGAUGCUUUCUGGUCUGAAUCUUACUCCUAGGAAUCCCGAUGACCCAACGUCCGAUGUCAAAUCGUCCAUUGUCUGUGCUAACAUGAAUGAUGUUGCGUUCUCAGCAGAACAACUCUGUGACAGACUAAUCAAUACAAACGAGGGUUGGGGGCGACGACCAAUUGAUCAAGCAACACCUUGGGAGCCAUUAGAUCCAAAGUUGGGUGAUCAAGUGAAUCGCAGUGGCAUAACUACACCUACCCCAGGAGCUUGUCCUUCUGGGUUUGUAAGUGGAAGUCUUAGGAUAUCUCAUACCCACUCAGCUGAUUCUAACGUUUGGGCAAGUGGACCGCCAACAGGAACAGGAAUAUGGGAAAUGCACUAUGAAAGUUUAAGUGGACGCUCGGCUGCAUGGCAGGAAGAAUCACAAUCCUCGACUUACCGUGAUGCUUCGCCUGUUACCAAUAUUGGUCCUAGUACCUUAAUAAACUGUAACAUGAACGCCAAUUCUCGAGUUGCAACACCAAUGCCACUUAACCGUCGAGACUGGGAAGAUAAUGAAAAUAGAUUAUCCAAAAACUGGAGUCUCGGCCACUCUGAAUCCUUAGACCAGAGCAGCUUAUUAUGGAACUCGGUGUGUGUGACUGAUAGUGAAGAUAGUGUUAGUGGGGAUAUCAUCCAUAGACGUCCACUAGUAACAGUUGGUUCCAGUCAGGAAACUUUUCGGAAUAGUGGAAAUGUUCAACAAUCCAAUGGUCGUCCUGUACUUGGUUGUACUCGCCCUAUAGUCCCGACACACAAUCCACACGACGAGUUCUCGUGGGAUCCUGAUCCGAAUUUUUUGAGGUCCGGUGUCAAUCCGAACGAAAUUGUUUCAUGGGACACGUCACCCAAUAGCGUGGUCAGCACCACUUGGGGGGCUCUUGGUACUUCCAGCUUAAUAAGUUCUACACAAACUCACUUCCCACCUGUUUCAGAUGAUGUUAGGCAUCAACAGAACUUCAUGAGUACUAACUCACUUCCUCAGGGAUCUGAACGAUUACUAAUUCACCCAUACAGUAAUACCUAUCGCGCAGAUCUGGUCAAAUACUUAAUGAGCCAAGGAUUUAAAAGAGAAGAUGCACAUGCUGCGUUAAUUGCCUCCAAUAUGGAACCAGAUAAAGCUAUAGUCGAAUUACGGGAGCGUUACAGCACCAAUAAGGCUAUUAAUGCCAUGACACAACCUCCAGAGCUUAAUCGUAAUUAUGGAGCUGAUAGCGUUCUGCACGUUGUAACAAGAAAUGGACCCAUGUACCAGCUGUCGAAUCAUACGUCUUUAUCACAGUUCGCACCUUCUGGAAAUAACUCUUCGGUGUCUGCACAAAAUCAUCGUCUGAAGCAGUCAGGGUUGUGCGUGUCUACGCAAAGUAAUACAACUCAACUUUUAUCUAUGCAACCAAUCCCUAACUCUCAAUUCAUGCGACAGCAGAUUACACAGCAGGUUCGAUCGGCCUUAAACCUUUCCAUUCCAAGUCCGUUAGGUGUACAGACGAAUGGGAAUGCCACAAUGGGAACCUGUGGUGGUUCGCUUUUGGGAAAGCCCCCAUCUCUUUCCUUAUCAAACGUUAAUUCCAACAUUCAAAGUGCAUCGUCUACUAAUCCACAUUCAAGCACCAGCCUACUAACUACUACUAGUUUAUGUCCUAUCAAAAAUAAUCGUACAUCGACUGGACCAGCGUCUUUAAACCAAAACUCAGCGAAAAGGUCGCCUCGUCAAAUUUCGAUCAUAAACUCCAUGAUUGAAUUGCAGAAAAAACAUCAGAGUAUUCAACACCAAUUAAAUAUGUAUCAUAAUAACCCUGCCCUUCGUUCACAACCUCAGUACGCGGACGUAUUUGUUGAACUCCAAGGUCAAAUGCAACAAAUUGAAACUCAGUUACACGGAAAGCGAGCACAGCUUAACAUAACUCGUGCUCAAGAUUCUGUAACACAAUCUGUAAAGAACCCUUUAAUACCGACGAAUGGUACCGAUAUUUCUGAUAACUCGUUUCCUGCUAUUGGAACAUGGAUAUCUCCUUCACCACAAUGUGGCGAAAACUUUGAUAAAAACAUCAUGGAUGGAUCAGCUUCUAAGUUGAACAACUUCACGCGCACUCCUUCUUGCAAAAUAUCUGGUAGUUGGUCUCCUACCUGGUCUUCAUCUGUUAUAAAUCCAUCCUGUCCAAAUAUUCGAUCCAUUCAUAAUCAAUGGCAACUAAUACAUAAUCAACAACGAUGUGCUUUAGAGAGUAACUUAAAGUUUCCGGUGUCAAAAAAUAAUCCUUCGAGUACCCUAUCUAUUGAAGCUCAAGGUCAAUGGCUACUAGUGCAACCACUCUUAGGAUGGAACGGUACAAACAUUCACAGCCUGCAAAACAUUUUAUCAAAUCAUUUUAAACUUACUAGUUUUCAUGUUUUGAAUCCAAGCAGCUGUAGUGUACUUAUAAGGCUUCAAAAUAUAGAGGACUCACUGCCGUUAGUGAAGUUUUUUGGCGACCGUUUAUCUGUAGAACCGUUGUCUGAUCACGAUGCUCGCGUUCAUUUGCAACAGCUAUCUUUGAACGCUUGUGGAGAUGGCCUAAUAUCCAAUCAGUUUAAUACGUCAUCUGAUAUACAUGCCACACCACCUAGUUUGAAUAGCAAUGGACAGUUUUACUCCCCCAUGAAUUCAAAUAACAAAAAGACUAAUCCUCAUAUAGCUCGUUUUGGAAUAACUGUAUGUGGAAGCAAGUAA